UACAUUCCGCUAAUGGAUUCGUCCGUCGUGAGGCCUUUACAGUAGUAGGGAGUGUUAGGCGGAUUCCUGAAGUUUUAUAUUACUUUAUGUCUGGAUUUUGUAAAAUUAAGAAAGCGCCAAUUGUUGGUUUCCAAUGAUAGUCAGCUAGCUAAUUGUUUUAUCUAUCGAUACAAGUACAGAAGAGGGUUUAGGGCGUGGUACACGGCUAAAUUAGCCGCAGAAGGAAGGCAUCUUUGGCGAGGGGAGCGUCAGAAUCUGAGAGUUUAUGAUGCCGACGUUGCGGGACAGCAUCAUGUCUCACCCCGGCGAGAACCCUCACCAAGUCCGGGUAAAAGCCUACUACAAAGGGGACAUCAUGAUCACACACUUUGAGCCGUCCAUCUCCUACGAGGGGCUGUACGGGGAGGUCAAAGACAUGUGCUGCAUGGACAACGACCAGCUCUUCACCAUGAAGUGGAUCGAUGAAGAAGGUGACCCGUGUACAGUAUCGUCUCAGCUGGAGCUGGUGGAAGCCCUGAGGCUCUACGAACUCAACAAAGACUCUGAACUCAUCAUCCACGUGUUUCCAUGUAUCCCAGAGAAGCCUGGCAUGCCCUGUCCAGGAGAGGACAGGUCUAUUUAUCGUCGUGGGGCGAGGCGUUGGAGGAAGCUCUACUACUCCGGUGGUCAUGCCUUCCAGGCUAAACGCUUCAACAGGAGAGCUCACUGCGCCAUCUGUACGGACCGUAUCUGGGGUCUGGGGCGGCAGGGCUACAAAUGCAUCAACUGCAAACUGCUGGUCCACAAGAAGUGCCACAAACUGGUCAGCGUUGAGUGUGGGAGACAGAUCCAGGAGCCCAUCAUGGGGCCUGAUAGGGGAUCCUCCAUCACUCCAUUAGACCACUCUGAACAGCCAGGUCCUCAGAACAGAGAGUCCAGUGAGAGUCUGAACUACGAUGGAGAAGAGAAAGAGGCGCGCUGCAGCAGAGACCCAGGGAAGUCAGCGUCCAGUCUGGGUCUGGUGGACUUUGAUCUGCUGAGCGUGAUCGGCCGGGGCAGCUAUGCUAAGGUCCUGCUGGUCCGACUCAAGAAGACUGAGAGGAUCUACGCCAUGAAGGUGGUUAAGAAGGAGCUGGUCAACGACGACGAGGACAUCGACUGGGUCCAGACAGAGAAGCACGUGUUUGAGCAGGCGUCCAACCACCCCUUCCUAGUGGGGCUACACUCCUGUUUCCAGACGGAGAGCAGACUGUUCUUUAUCAUAGAAUAUGUGAACGGAGGAGACCUGAUGUUCCACAUGCAGAGACAGAGGAAAAUACCAGAGGAACACGCCAGGUUUUACUCGGCCGAGAUCAGCUUGGCGUUGAACUACCUCCAUGAGAGAGGCAUCAUCUACAGAGACCUCAAACUGGACAACGUGCUGCUGGAGUCUGAAGGGCACAUCAAACUCACUGACUACGGCAUGUGCAAGGAGGGCUUGAGACCAGGAGACACCACCAGUACGUUCUGUGGGACCCCCAACUACAUCGCCCCUGAGAUACUGAGAGGAGAGGACUAUGGCUUCAGCGUGGACUGGUGGGCUCUGGGGGUGCUGAUGUUUGAGAUGAUGGCUGGACGGUCGCCCUUCGACAUCGUAGGAAGCUCCGACAACCCAGACCAGAACACAGAAGACUUCCUCUUCCAAGUAAUAUUGGAAAAACCGAUCAGGAUUCCUCGGUCGUUGUCAGUCAAAGCUGCCAGCGUCCUCAAGGGCUUCCUCAACAAGGAACCUAAGGAGCGGCUAGGCUGUCACCCCCAGACGGGCUUCGCUGACAUCAUGGGUCAUCCCUUCUUCAGAAACGUAGACUGGGACCUUAUGGAGCAAAAGCAGGUGGCUCCUCCGUUCAAACCCAACAUCUCAGGAGAGUUUGGACUGGACAGCUUCGACACCCAGUUCACCAACGAGCCCAUCCAGCUCACGCCUGAUGACGAUGAUGUGGUGAAGAAGAUCGACCAGUCGGAGUUCGAAGGGUUUGAGUACAUCAACCCUCUCCUGAUGUCAGCCGAGGAGUGUGUGUGAACUUGGUGUGUGUGUGUGUGAGCGGACGAAGCACGCCGCCGCCGUUAACUCUGCAUUGUUACCAGACAACUCAGCGAUGACAUCAUCAAAGAGCGUCCUGCUGUUGGAUAGAGAGAGAGAGAGAGAGAGAGAGCUGCCGGGGCUCUCAGACAAGCGACGCUAACUUGCCAAACCAAUCUCACAUAGUGUGUGGACGCGUCCCAAAUGGCUCCCUACGUGUGGUGCACUAGGGAAUGGGGUGCCAUUUUGGACGAAAGCCACUCGUGUCAUUUUUUUUUUAACAACUAUUCCUUUAAACCUACGUUCUCGCUGUAAUUAUUUUUGUGUCAUGUAUCAAAUCCGCACUGAUUUCCUUGUUGGUCAUCAGAGCACCUGCUCUCAGUAGCCAAUGAUGCUUGGAGGUGGUUGGUUACCUAGGUUACUGGACACAAAGGGACAGGGAAAGAGGGAUACAGACGGUCCACAGAGAACAAACUACCCUUCCUCUCUUCUUCCCAGCUUGGUGGUGUUUGAUGCAUAUUUUAUUUGUACAUAAUAAGAAUCAUCUAUGUUUAGCCAAGGACUUUUAACCCCAAGCCAGUUCACCAGAGGACAUAGUUGAAAACUGUUUAAUGAUCUGUGUUCGGACGGAAGAACAACAAGACAUUAUGGACACAACCAAACUGUGAAUGGAAGAGUUUACUGUGUGGAGAGGAUUAGGACGGGUGGGCUGGAGCGCUAGCUGAUUCUAGGGAUGUGUCCCAAAUGGCGCCCUAUCUAGUGCACUACUUUAGGUCAUAGCCCUAUGGGCCCUGGUCAAAAGUAGUGCACUAUGUAGGGAAUAGGAUGCCAUUUGGGACAGAGGCUAGUAGUUUAUGCAAUCUGUCGUUCACAAAGAACCAAAACAAUAUUUUCUAAACGAGAAAGAAAAGAGAAGACGUUAAAGAUGUCUUGUCGUUUACAGCGGUACAGUAUACAUAGUAUGAAAAUGUGGUGUCCAAAUAUUAGCCAGAAUAAUUAUAGGAAUAAUUCUUCCUCUUUUCAUUUGUAAAAUACAAUGCGUUACUGAAACUCUUUGUUAUAUUUACGUUUCACAGUAUAAAAAAAUAAAUAAUAACAUCUAUAGUUUUCUCUAAUCCAUGUCUGUAUCAGUCUGAAUAUGAUGAUAUAACAAAGGAUGGAGUCGGACCAUCAAUAUUUCCUGGACCACUUCUGACAAUAGAUGAAGCUCUUGAAAGAGAUUUUCAUCAAAUCUAAUAAACACUAUCAAAGUAUUUAACAGCUAAAAUUAUAUUCCAAGUUCCGAAUAGAGAAGUUUAAAAAAUAAAUAAAAAAAUCUCUAUAAAGUGCACUACUUUUGACCAGAGCUCGAUGGGCUCUGGUCAAAAGAACUGCACUAAAUGGGGAAAAGGGUGCCAUUUGGGAUGCAACCAAAGUGUUUUAUAGUGGUGGUGAUUGGAGGAGCAAACACUUCAGAAUAUUUAUCAUGUUACUUUAUAUUGCAAAGAUUUUUUUUUUUUUACUGUGCUGUAACUCUAAUGAUUGAUCACUACAUUGAUUGGAAAUAUUGUUAUUGUGUGAAACCUGAUGAUGAAGAUGAUGAUGUGUGAUUUCAUCCAGAGGAGCCUACUGAACUCUUUAACAGGAUGUAAAAACACAGAUUUCACUAAAUAAACGUUUUAUUUCCCUG